UUUCUCUAUAAACCUCGCCCCUUUCUCUCAGCUCUCAUAUAGCCACCAUCGCCAUGGCUAAUAUUAACGUUUGUUCAUUCAAAAUCUUACAGAUUUCUUCUCUUCUCAUUCUUCUUCUCUACCCUGCAACGGUCUCUAGCGAGUGUUCAUGUGAAGUGGAGGAUGUAGAACAAAAUAAAGGAGAAGCACUCAAAUAUAAGCUCGGUGCAAUUGCUGCUAUUCUUGUAGCUGGUGCUGUUGGAGUGAGCCUCCCAUUGUUAGGGACGCGAAUCCCUGCGUUCAGGCCCGAAAAUGACAUAUUCUUCACGAUCAAGGCUUUUGCUGCUGGUGUUAUCCUAGCAACAGGGUUCGUUCAUAUCCUCCCGGAUGCAUUUGAAAGCCUAACUUCACCUUGCCUUAAAGAAAGUACAUGGGGAAAAUUUCCUUUUACAGGUUUCGUUGCCAUGAUGUCUGCGAUAGGGACGUUAAUGGCAGAUGCAUUUGCGACUGGGUAUUAUAAGAGGCGAUAUUUCAGUAAGCAUAAGCAGGUUAAUGCAGAUGAAGAACAUGCAGGUUAUGUAGAUGUUCAUACACAUGCCACUCAUGGUCAUUCUCAUGGCUCUGCUUCAUCAUCUCAAGAGUUGGUUUUAUCAGAGCUCAUCCGUCAGCGUCUCAUAUCCCAAGUAUUGGAGGUAGGAAUUGUGGUUCAUUCAGUGGUUAUUGGGAUAUCUUUAGGUGCUUCCGAGAGUCCUGAAACAAUAAGGCCACUCCUGGCAGCCCUGUCUUUCCAUCAGUUUUUUGAAGGAAUGGGACUUGGUGGCUGCAUAUCUCAGGCUCAAUUUAAAUCUCUGUCGGUGGCGAUCAUGGGAACGUUUUUCUCCCUAACGACCCCUUUGGGAAUUGCAAUAGGUAUUGGAAUUUCAAGUUUCUACAAUGGCAACAGCCCAACUGCUCUAAUUGUUGAAGGAGUUUUCAAUUCGGCUUCUUCUGGGAUUUUGAUUUACAUGGCACUUGUUGACCUACUAGCUACGGAUUUCAUGAGCCCAAGGUUGCAAAGCAAUGUUAGGCUUCAACUAGGAGUAAAUGUUUCACUUCUUGUUGGGACAGCUUCCAUGUCUGUCUUGGCCAAAUGGGCUUAA